GACGAGGUCGCCAUGUUGUUGGGUCUUCGGACUGGAGCAAAACCACGGUCAAGUUAUUCCUCUGCAGGAUAAAUUUUCACGAUGAAACGCUUAAAAACAGGUCCUUUCCAUACGAYGAACGUCAUCAAAAGGCAAAGUAUUGGAGCGGGCCUCUUUUGUCUACUAAUAGAGUGAGAAGCGUACCUAAAUCUCGAUGUCCAAGCCGACCUUAACCGAUCGAGCUAGAAAAUGAAGCCUCUACACAAGCCAUAUACUAGAAACAGUAUGGAGUCUAAUGCUAAGGAGAGUGGAGGAAAGUAUUGUACAGUCAAGUCAAUAAAAGCAAAGUUCAAGACCCGUUACUCGUUUAGUUUGGACGAAGCGCGGCUGUAACUCACGUCAAAGAUCGAAAAUCAACACCAGUUUGUUCUCGUGCGGGAAUCAUCACGCUCAAAGCGCUUGUAUGACUAUCAGCUGAGCCGAAAUCAACAAACCAACCCAGCCCAAGAGACACAUUGAUUGAAUUAUUUGUCAAAGAUCGUUUAAUUGCUGGAUAAAUCCUGCUUAUUCUCAAAAGGCCUUCAUCUUCGAGCUGCAAAACACAUCAAGACAGGACAACAAGGUUAACGACAAGUGUCCAUUCAAAGUCAGGCAUGAAUGUUUCAACUAAUGCUACGUCUACUGUUCCUCCUCUUCCAUCGGGAUAUUUAGCUGUCCGGUAUACGAGACUUGUCUUAUACCCGGUCAUAUUUGCUAUCGGAGUGGUUGGCAACUCCAUCGUCAGUGCUCUUAUCCUCAAGAAAAGUAAGAACUCGACAGCCAAUGGAUACUUCAUUCUCAACCUUGCCAUCUCAGACUUGAUGGCUCUGUUGCUCUAUCUUCCCUUUGACUUGGCCUAUCUGGAAAACCACUACGAGUGGCCCUUUGGUGCGUUUAUGUGUAAGUUUAUCAAUUGUCUCAAUAAGUUUUCUGUCAUGGUAUCUGGCUUGACUCUAGUUGCCAUUGGUGUCGAUCGGUAUAAAGCUAUAGUACACUCCCUGAAGAAGAGGCUCUCCAGACGAGACGCCAUGAUCAUGAUCACCGUAAUCUGGCUCUUCUCUGCGGUCUUACAGCUUCCAUACGUAUUCGCACUCAAACUAGAUCCUCGCGGUGAGUGUGUUAUUGAUCUUAGCUUCUGGAAAGGACCGUAUCAGUUCGAGAUGACCUACUUUUUUGGUGUCUUCACGCCUGAGUUCGUAAUCCCAGCUAUUGCACUCAGCUUCUGUUACGUCCGAAUUUCAAUUCAUUUGGAACAAACUCAUAAAAGAAACUCAAAACAUGGCUUGUUUCAAGAAUCCACGAUGACUUUGAGGGAGCGCCAGAACCGCAAGACCACACAAGUUUUGACAGGGCUGGUAACAAUCUACACUAUCUGUAUUCUACCUCAUCAAAUCUGUGUUCUUAUGAUCACUUUUCAAAGGAACUAUCUCAAUUCUGAUAUCAUGAGGCUGGCCUACGAGUUCACAAGGCUUCUCACCAUCACUAAUUCUUGUCUCAACCCCAUUAUGUAUGGAGCGAUAAGUAAGGGCUUUCGCACAGAUAUACGGAACUUCUUCCGCGGUAAGCACGCUCAGACAGGCUCGUUUCGAUUUCUAAGAUCGACUCAUUCACGAAGUCCAGAAACAAAGAACUUGAAGGAUAUCAUGUACAAUCAAGAAAACUCCUUCAAGCUUUGAAUACAAAAACAAUACAGAAACAGAAAAAAUAGAUGAAUAUAAUUCUCCUAUUAUAGUAUCUUCUUCAUGGUGUACUGAUCGAAUAAACUUCUCAAUAGUUCAGUUUAUCAUGCAUAUUUUUCGUUCUGUUCAUAUUAUCAAAAUCCUUCUGAUAUACAUUUGAAAAAAGGAACAAGCUGGUCAUUAGCGUAGUACAAACUAUGUGAAAAGCAGCCACUUGAUAUACAAGUGCGUUUGCUUCAAGGAGGUCCCUAAUAUUUGGCGAUAAAAACUGGUCUUUAAAAGCAAUCGAGACUCUACUACAUUUGAAUGAGAAUAAGACCCAUUUAUGUACAUAUAUAUCAAAAACUAAAAAUAAGGAGUUAAAACAUUAAAGAGUUGAAGGGUAACUUCAAACUUUAGCCCUA